AUGGGCCCCUGGGCCGGCGUCCUGGCCGGCCCAGGCCUUGCCCUCCUGGUGUCUCUCACAGCACACUGCUCAAGCCCUGAGACCCAGGACAAGCUGGACGGCGAUGGGGCUGGCCAGUGGGCCAGUGCCAACGCCUCCCUCCUGCGUGACUUCUGGUGUCAGCCAGCUGGUCAGCUGAGCCGGGACCAGCUGUCCACUCUGGUCAGAAGGAUGGCAGCCCAGCAGGUGCCCCUGGGAGCCUGGCAGCUCAGCUGCCUGGCCAACCUCGUGAGGCGACGUGGCCUCCAACACGACUUUGAGAGGCACCCGCCGGACCUGCUGCUCUUCUACGACCUGGCUCAGGUGAGAGCUGACGACUGCCAGGCCUUCACUCACCGCGCCGGCCAGGGGGACCUGGAGCUGCUGGCCAACCUGCCUGACCAGAGGGCUGCCCUAAAACACAAGGCCCUCGACUGCCUGGUGGGUGGCUCACCACAACUCAAUGCCUCGGACCUCCUGCUGCUUGGGAGCCUAGUGUGUGACCUGGAUGCAGCCAGCAUCCCGGCUGCCGACCCCCGAAUCCUGCAGAACCUACAGCACUGCCCGCGGCUGACUACUGCCCAGCAGGAUGCCCUCAACACGCUGCUGGCCAGUGGGAGAACUGAGCUGGGGUCCCCCAGCUCCUGGACGCUGGAAGGGCUGCAGACUUUGGGCCCACUGGCCACCCACAUCAGACCCCGGCUGUGGAUGCAGGUGCCUGAGGCUGUGGGCCUAGACUUCUUCCGAAGUUCUGUGGCUGCCUUCCGCGAGGGGCACCUCAGUCCUCGAGAUGCUAGACGCUUUGUCAGCGGCUUUCUGGAGGCGAAGGCCAAGGCCAAGGUGGCAUCCCCAAGGUCCAGGCGGGGGCGAGCCUGCGUGCACGGGGACAUCACGGCGGCCACCCUUCGGGACGAGCUUUUCCUGGUACGCUACGACUGCCCACAGCUGGAGUCCUGCCUGGGCAGCCGCGUGCUCCGAGCCAACCUGGACCCCCUGCUGCAGCACCCACUGCCCGCUGAGUGCCAGCGUGUGGUCAAGGCCAAACUCGGCCAGAUCUACCCGCGAGGCCUUCCGGAGGACCAGCUGAGGCGCAUCACGUCACUCGUCUACCUGUACUCCAGCAGCGAGAUUGGCCAGUGGAACAUCACUUCUGGGGACACCGUGUUGGCCCUGCUGGCGGCCGAUGUGGCCCUAGACAACCAGACGGAGGCCGUGCUGCAGAAGUUUCUGGACCACCAUGGCAAGCUCACGGGUCCCCUGCUGGUGGCCAUGGGGGGCUCCCGUCUCUGCUGGAUGAGCCCCAGACAGAUUCAGACCAUUGGACCCUCCGAGUUUCGGUUGGCCGGGGCUUUGGACAUCUCUGCCUGCCCACAGAGCAGGAAGAAUGUGCUGUAUGCCAAGGCCCGUGAGGCCUUUGGGGGGACACGCACCACAGCUGCCUACUACCGCUUCAUGCGCCCCUACCUUGGCGGCGCCCCAGUGGAGGAACUGCAACACCUGGCCCAGGCCAACGUUUCCAUGGACAUCGACACCUUCACCAACCUCAACCCACGGGUGUUACAGAGCCUCAGUGUGGGCAAUGUGACCACGCUGCUGGGUCAGAACGUGGGGGACCUGCAGAAGGCACGCAGCCACCCCACCAUCAGCUCCUGGCUUCGCAGUCUGAGCAGCUCGGCCCUGGGCGAGCUGGGCUUCAAUGCCAAGGCUGCCAGCACCGCCCGCCCAGACUUCAUGACCCUGGAGACCCCAAGCACACAGCCCCGGCCGCCUCGCCCCGUCUUCCCCUCAGGCCUGCCAGCGAAGGGCAUCGAGGGCUCCGCUUCAGUUCACAUGAGCUCCACCAUCUUUGGGGUAUGA